UAUAUUAAAAUCACAUUUAUUGCUCACUCAAAAGGGAUGUAUUACAGAUGAUUUAAAUAUUUAUGCUGAGUUCAGUUUAUAACGUGUAGUCGAGAGUAUUCGUUUUUUUUUUAAUUUCCGUAGUACGUUUGUUUCAAUUAAAAACAAUAUAUACUGUUAAGCUGUGAAAAACUCGAGAUUUCAAAAAAGAAAAUUAUAAUAAUAAUAAUAAUAAUUAUAUAUAUUUUUUUUUAAACAAUUCCGAUCUUGACUUGAAAUAAGGGACUUUACUUGCACAACUGUAUAUUUUUCAUUAUUACAGUACCGUAUUAAAAAUUGUAACAAAACUACGUAGGACAUAAUCCUGUAGGUUACACUAUACCAAUUCAGUUCCUUUUUUAUUUCAUAUAAACAAUGAAAUUUUGAGACAGUUGCGUCUGUUUAAUUUGAUUGAGAUGAAUCAAAUUCUAUAUCGUUUAACGUUGUCCUCAUGUGAGUAACUACCUUAAGUCUAAUAGACGACAUUGCUUAUUCAGUAAACAAUAUUGAAUAUGCUAAAAUGGUAAGUACGUAUUGCAUUGUCUCGAUUUAUUGUAUAAUUAUGUUCUAACGUCAUAGAUGUUAUGUUUCUUUUCUUGUCAAUGCGCAGAUUUCAUUUGACAGGCAGCAGUGCUGCAUCGCAGUUGGUUCCUAAACGAGGCUGUUUUAAUUAUUUUUCAACGUGCAUGCGAAUAUAUUUAAGAAAGUCUAGAUAUUGUGGCAAGACGACUCCAGUGGACAUCUACUUAUGUGGUGUUGAUUUUAGUACGUAAACACUGAAAAUUCUGCAACGUUUAUAUUUCAACAGUCAAACACGUGUCUAAUAAGCUAAUUCAACUCCGAGUGGUUUCUUUAUUUGUGAACACAGUUUGUAUCAAGAUUAUUUUUUUUUUUUUAAAAAUGGAGCCUCUAUCAGGUUUCAACAGGAACAGUAACAUUCGAAUAAACAUUUGUGGCACUAUUUUUGAAUGUCACUCGGAGACGCUUAAAAGGUUUAAGGAAUCUAAACUGGCACAUAUUAAGAGGCAGACUAAUCAUUACGACUCCGUCAGAAAUGAAUAUUAUUUCGAUAGAAACCCAUAUAUGUUUAACGCUAUUUUAGAUGCGUGCCGUAAAGGUACAAUCCAUCUUCCGAGAGACAUGUGUGGAGCUAGUUUCAGUGAGGAGCUGAAAUUCUGGGACGUUUCUCCAAGCCAUGUGGCGCCAUGUUGCUGGGAGGCAUUGUACCGGAACGAAAGUGACGUGGUUAAAAUCCGUAAGGUGACGAAAUAUCUCCGAUGUGAUGCACACAUGAUUGAAGAUGUACAGAGUAUAGCGUCAUGGAGGAAGAAACUUUGGCUGUUUUUCGACGAUCCAUCCUCCUCUGUGAAUGCAAUGAUAUGGGGCAGUUUUAUAUCCUUGCUGAUAGUGAUGUCGACAAUUACUGAGGCUUUGCAAACCUUACCAACAUUCACAGUGAACCUAACAGAAUCAGAGACAAGAGUCCUCAUUGAAAUUGUCAAGCUACUUGGCCUAGAAAAUAGCACGGCCGCUAAUUUAGAAGCUUUGAAGCCACAUCCGUAUUUAUUGUACACAGACGCAUGCUGUCAUCUUCUGUUGACAGUAGACUUUCUCUUAACGUUCAUGGUUUGCCCAAGAAAAAGAAUGUACAUGUUCAGUUACAUUCGAAUUAUUGUACUGUUCGGAUAUAUCUCUUUUUGGAUAGCGUUUAUGAUGGAAAUCCAUCUGGAGUCUUUGACGACGGUUGCCAGCAUAAGAACAUAUAUGGCUUUUAAGUAUUUGUCAAUACUGCAACUGACACGUCUAUGUUAUCUAGUUAAACGAAUACCAGCAUUCAAUAUUAUGAUUUACACAUUUUUGUCUUCGUUGCAAGAGCUGAAAGUACUUAUGUUCAUGCUUGGGAUACUGAUGUUUAUAUUCGGGUUCAUUAUGUUUAUUGCCGAAAUGUUUCACAAUUCCAAGAUUGAUAACGUAUUUGUAGCAAUGUACUGGGCCUUGAUUACGCUAACAACGGUAGGGUAUGGAGAUUAUUACCCCGACACCGCUUUUGGUCACGUCAUUGCUGUGACAUGCGCAGUGUGCGGUGUCCUAGUUCUUGCACUUCCGAUUGGAAUUAUUGCCUCGUCAUAUUACACCUACUGUAGCUAUCAGCAAUAUGCUGCCACGCAUAUUAGACGGUAUGGAGCAAAUUCCAUCAACGACGAUUCUGACUAAAUAGCUAGAUAUAGUCAGUACAACAUAACUUCUUAAUUACAGCUAUGCAGCUGUGCAAUUUUACUUCUGUAUGACUUAAUCAAGAGUGGCUGCAGUGGUCAAGUGGGAAGACAUUAGACUAAGAAACCAAGGGUCGUGCAUUCGAGGCUCAGCUCCUCAAAAAAACUAAAAUUACUAACAUUCUUUUGGUUAAGAGAUCUCGUGUGCUUUUCACCUGACACGGAAACUUUUGGAAUGGGGGAUACCAAUUUAAGUUGAUAAAAGUCAUCUGAAAGAGUCGGCUGUAUCCAUGAGUCACCAGCGGCAACUUGGAAUAAGUUUAGAUACCCACUCAGCGGUUCCGCAAGCGAUGUUUAUGCUGCAGAGGACGCACAUUCUACAUUGUAUUUCAGUACAAACUAUUACAGCUAUUGCUUCUAUUUAUUGUGCGAGGUGUACCUGUUUGAAUAACCCGCCUACAGUUUAGAUAACGUUGAAAGUGAAAUGGACACUAGAUGUACCACUGGAAUUAUUUCGACCAAAUCGAGCAUUUGAGAAAAAAAACUAUCGACCUUUGGAAAACCGAGAUAGCUUUCUCACAUACAAAUGUAGCAGAGUCAAGCUGCACUUGUUUAGAUAAUUAUAUUAUAUUUGUAUGUGCAUGUCCUCUCUACUCCGUAAUGCGUUGUAUCUUGCCUAUACUAUUUGGGCCGUUGUAUCAUAUUUGCACUCCGCGGUUGUUUUAUCAUGUCCAGUUGUGCAUAAAAACUUGUUUUGUAAGUUCGUGAGGGAGGGAGUAGAUUUGAACAGUCAGCUUAGCUUGUUACAUGAAUGACAGCUUUUGGCGCGAAACAACAUUUUCUAGGUACUUCAUAGAACAGUUCAUUAUGAACCCAAUUAAGGUCCCUUUGACUAUAUUUAGUUGUUUCAUAGAAUCUUUUCUAUAAACUGUCCUGACUUUCGGACAUCUUAUUUCAGUUAUUUAUAUCUAUUAGUGCCAUUAGUGAACAUAAGAUAGACGAACCUGAUAUUCUAUUUUUAUUUGUAUUCGUGCAUUUAGUGAUAAAAACAAGAGAUGUGCUGUUUUGAGAAAGGAAUGUAUU